UAUUGUGUACAAUAUGCAUAUCUAAGGUUUAAGGAAUCAUUUGAAUAUUUUAUGUUUAAGGGAAAUCAUGGGUCAAACUUCAAAAAACAUUUGAAACUACACAAUGACAUUUAUGAAAAGUAUUUAAUCAAAGAACUUGACAAAUCUACAGACUUAAAUGUACCAGUUAAAACAUCUAAUGUAGAUUUAUAUCAGUUUUUAAACCUAAUAGUAAAAACUGACAUGAAGACUUUAAUUAAUGCAUGUGUUAAACUAGUAACUGUCCAUAAAGUAUGUUGGAUGAUUCUGGGUUUCAAAAUUUAUAAAUCCAAUUCUAAGUGGUAUACAAAAUAGUGUUGUUUUGAAUUUGAAUUUCAAUAAGUGAAUUUUGUUAACUUUUUAUUUAAAAAUUCACUUUAAUAAUUAAUUUUUAUAUAGGGUGAUUUUUUUAAACUUGUUCACCUCCAUUUUCCCUGUUAAAAAUUAAUUCUUCAAAUUCUGAUUGUUGAAAUUUUUAAAUAUAUGUAAGGACCAAAUUUUAAAAUUCAAGACGAUUUUUAAAUGUUGAUGUAUCUAAAUCGAAAUUCUAAUGAGUGGUUUCUGAGUUAUUAAAAUGUUUAUGUUAAGGUUAAAUUUAUUUUAUAAGUUUAAAUGAUUUUACAGAAAUUUAAACUAAAGGUAAUAUUAGAUCUAGUAUUUAUUUAUUAUACAAUAACUAUUUUUACAAAUUAUAUAAAAUAUUGAUAAAUUUAUAAUAUAGUAAACUUUUCAAAUCAUAACCCCCAUUUCUUCCUAAUCCAUAACCAUAGACAUAUUAUCCUAAGUUCAUAAAGUUAAAUAGGUAACUCAAAAACUAUUUGUUUAAAUUCUUAAUUUAGUUGUCAGCUAAAUAAUUGAAAAUGACAAAGAGGGUUCCUAUCUGAAACCCGAUUUUGACUGGCCACAUGAUCAUUAGAAGAUACACAAAAUCAGAAUUUGAGUACAUUUAAAAUUAAAGCAUAAUAAUAAUUUGAGCCUUUUAAAAAAUCAUCCGGUACAGUAAGUACGGUAAGUAGUACUUAAUUAUGUUUUUUUACUCCUUAUUUACGGUUUUUUUUUUUUUUUGGAAAUAUGUUUUUAAUAAAAGAAAUAUUAGAAGAUUUGCUUUUAAACUUACUUCUCUGAUAGUUGAUACUUUUACUUGUUAUAAUAGAGCACUUUUUGGAACUAAUGGGCAGUAUAUAGUAAAUAGUUGUAUUAAACUUAGAACUAUUGGGCUCAUUAAGUUAAUUGAAUCACACAUAGACAAUUUAACAAACUCUAAAAUUAUUACCAUUAAUUUUUUUUAUAAUUUUAACUUUUUUAUAUUUAGCUUAAUAAUUUUUUAGAUAUUUAUUUAAAAGACACAAUUCUUAAGGUUAUUAAAAAGUUCAACAUUGAGCCUCAGCAAAUAAACACAAUAACUUCUGAUAAUGGUGCAAACAUGUUGAAGGUUCUUAGUUUAUUUGAAAAAGAAACUUUACAAAUACCUGAUGAAUUAAAUAAUAAAAUUAUUGAUGAUAUUUCUGAGAACGAUACUGCUCUUGAUAAUACAGUUGAAAUAUUGAAUUCUAACAAUAAUUCAGACAUUGAUGAAAUGAGGUAUAAUAUAUUGAUUUAUAGAUACAUAUAUUUAUUUAAUAAGUAUAUCAACAAUUAUAAGUUACAACUGGGAGUAAAGAAAUCAUUUAUAUAUUUAUAUUUGUUUCAAUAAUAUUGGAUUGACACGAGAAUGUAUUAUUGUUUAUUUUUUAUGGUAAAGUUACAUAAAUAUUAUUUUAAAAAUAGUGAAGUAUAUUUACUAUAUACUAAAUGUUCAAGUUAUAAACCAAAUUUUUUUUUUAUAAAACUAAACAAUAUAUCAUCAGUGAUCUUUUAAUAUCUCCAAUAAUAUAAUUUUAAUAAUAGUACUUACAUUCAGCCUACAUGUAUUUAAAAUAAUUUAUCUUGAUCAAUUUAAAUUUUAAUAGUAUAUGGUUAAUCCAUAUACUAUUCAAACAAAUUUUAUUUUAAUGGUACUAUUUUACAUUUAAUAUAAGUAGGUACUUACUAUUUUUUUAUUUCAAAAAAUAAUAUACUUAGUUAAAUAAUAUUUAUUUAAAAUAUAAACACAUAAAUAUAUGUACAACAUAUUAAAACUUAUAACAGGACUUACAUGAUAAAAAAAUUGUAUAUAUGUUUCAGUAAUAUUGAUCCUGAUUCAAAUUCUCAUACUUUAAAUAAAAAUCAAAUUUCUGAGUUACUCAGUGAAGAUAUUGAAAACGUUGGUGAUACUUCAAUUUUUACUUGUAAAUAUAUAUACAAUAUAUAUAUAAUUACAAAUAUCAAAAUUAGAUAAAUAGGUUAGGUGAUUUUUAAGCAUGCUCAACCCAUUUUUUGGGUUAAAUUUUACAUAUAUUUUAAUUCUGAUUUUUGGAAUUUUUAAGUGCAGUAAAAACCAUUAUUUUCGAAUACCUUCUUAGAUUUUUCACAACUUUGAAGGUGUGAUGAUAUCAACUUUGGAUUUUCAAAUGAGAAUAUGUUUUUAAGCAAAUUGUAAAUCGGGUGAUUUUUCUGUAAUUGUUGACAUAUAUCACCCUGAAUACCUUAGAGAUUGUUAAAUAAAGUCCGAGUUACAGUACGGAAAUUACAUAAUUCAAAUUAUAUUUAUUUAAUAAAAGAGGAAAAAUUAAAAACACCUGUACUAGAUUGUUUGACACGCUGUAAUUCUACCUUUGAUGUGCUGGAAAGGUUGCAAUGACUAAAAGAUUUUAUUAAAAAUAUGUCAGUUAAUCACAAAAAGUUUAGAAAAAGUUUCUUUAAGUAACUUUGAUUGGAAAAAGUUGAAUUUAUCUUGAAAGCUCUGUUACCAGCAAACGUAUAUUCAAAAAAUUACAAACCGAACAGAUAACUAUGACAGGUAUAUAUGUAACAUGGAUCUCCUGUAAGAUUCAAACAAAAGCAUUGAAUUCAUACUUUUUUAAUAAAUUAGUACAGUUAUAUAGAGAAAUAGAGAAAAAAUUAUUUUAAACAACCAAGUCUUAUUUGCAGCCAUAUUUUUAGAUCCACACUAUAACAUUAAAUUGAACAAAGACCAGUCAACAAUUGUAAUUCGGCAUUUUACCAACAUUUAGAUUUGUUUAAAGAAAAUGGAAAUCAACAAACCAGAAUUAAUUUCUAUAGCCAUCGAGUCAUUAAAAUAUUAGUGGUGGUAAUAAUUCAAUAGAUCCUACAGAUGAUCAUGAAACAUAUUUGAGCCAAAUUAAUGAUGAUAAAUCUAUGUCUUCCAAUUUUGGUAGUUUAUCAAAUUCCCAAACUGAAACUAUUUUAACUAAAAUUGAAAUACUUUUAAAAUCAUUCAUUAUUGAAGAGAAAAGAUUGAGCCAUAAAACAAAUAUUCUUCAAUUUUGGAAAUCUAAAAAUUUUGUUUAUCCAAAAUUUUUUGAGUUGUCAAAUAUAAUAUUUAGUGUUUCAGCAACCCAAGUGAGUGUGGAAAAACUAUUUUUUGGCCAUUAUGUACAUUACGGUACAUUAUAAGAUGUGUACAACAAUAUCUUUUGCAGAAUUUAACGCCUGAAAUUAUUUUAACAGACUAUGAAGCAGCUCUGAGGGAUCUUUUGAUUUCAACAUUUCCAAACGCUGGUUAUGUAGGGUGUUGGUUUCAUUAUAAUCAAGUAAAUGUAUAUUGAUUAAUACAAAUAUAUAGAAUAUUUUAUUAAUGAUUUAUUUUACCCUUUUAAGGCUGUAUGGAGGAAAAUGAAGAAUUUAGGAUACUUACAUCACGUCAAUAGAAAUAAAAAUGCACGCAAAACAUUAAAACUUCUUUUGGCUCUUCUAUUGUUGCAAGCUAGAGUUAUGAAAAGUUGA